AUGGCGCUUUAUGAAGAAGUGGGCUGUAAGAACCAAACUCCAGUUAGAAGCAGCAGCCAAAAUGGGCAAGUUGUAGCAAGUCUAAUCAUCCUACAUUUGUCUGGGGCAACCAAAAAAGGAACAGAAAAGCAAACUACUUCCGAAGGACAGAAACCAGUGCAGUGUGGAACUUGGACAAAAUAUGCAGAAGGAGGCAUCUUCACUUCUCCCAAUUACCCCAACAAGUAUCCUCCUGACAGAGAAUGUGUCUACAUUAUAGAAGCUGCCCCUAGACAAUGCAUUGAACUACACUUUGAUGAAAAAUAUUCCAUAGAGCCUUCUUGGGAGUGUAAAUUUGACCAUAUUGAAGUACGAGAUGGACCUUUUGGCUUUUCCCCAAUCAUUGGACGUUUCUGUGGACAGCAAAAUCCACCUAUGAUAAAAUCCAGUGGCAGAUUCCUAUGGAUUAAAUUUUUUGCUGAUGGUGAGCUGGAAUCUAUUGGGUUUUCUGCUCGGUAUAAUUUUACACCUGAUCCAGAUUUUAAGGACCUUGGCAUUUUGAAACCAUUGCCAGUUUGUGAGUUUGAGAUGGGAGGACCUGAAGGAAUUGUGGAAUCUGUACAAAUUGUCAAAGAAGGAAAAGCUUCUGAAACUGAAGCAGUAGACUGUAAAUGGUACAUCCGAGCACCACCCCGAUCCAAGAUCUAUUUGCGAUUCUUGGACUAUGAGAUGCAGAAUUCCAAUGAAUGCAAAAGGAAUUUUGUAGCUGUCUAUGAUGGAAGCAGCGCUGUGGAGGAUUUGAAAGCAAAGUUUUGCAGCACCGUUGCUAAUGAUGUAAUGCUGCGGACAGGUCUGGGUGUAAUCCGCAUGUGGGCAGAUGAAGGCAGUCGAAAUAGCCGAUUCCAGAUGCUCUUCACAUCUUUCCAAGAACCCCCUUGUGAAGCCAACACAUUCUUUUGCCACAGUAAUAUGUGUAUUAAUAAUACAUUGGUCUGCAAUGGACUCCAGAAUUGUGUGUAUCCUUGGGAUGAAAACCACUGCAAAGAAAAAAGAAAAGCUAACCUAUUGGACCAACUUACCAAUACCAGUGGGACUAUAAUUGGGGUGACUUCUUGCAUUGUGAUCAUCCUCAUUGUUAUCUCUGUUAUAGUACAGAUCAAGCAGCCUCGUAAAAAAUUUGUCCAAAGGAAAACAGACUUUGAUCAAACAGUGUUCCAGGAGGUGUUUGAGCCUCCUCAUUAUGAGUUAUGCACCCUCAGAGGGACAGGGCCUACAGCUGACCUUGCUGAUGUUGCAGAUGACUUUGAAAAUUAUCAUAAACUGCGGAGAUCAUCUUCAAAAUGCAUUCAUGACCAUCACUGUGGAUCACAAGUGUCUAGCAUUAAGGGCAGCCGUAGUAACCUCAGCACAAGAGAUGCUUCUGUCUUGACAGAAAUACAACCCCAGCCUGUAAAACCACUCAUUCAGCCCAUGAACAGGAGAAAUAUCCUUGUCAUGAAGCAUAGCUACUCACAAGAUGCUGCAGAUGCGUGCGAGAUAGACGAAAUUGAAGAGGUACCAACCACAAGUCACAGGCUGUCCAGACAUGAUAAAGCUGUUCAGCGGUUCUGCCUCAUUGGGUCUCUAAGCAAACAUGAGUCUGAGUACAACACAACUAGGGUCUAAGGGACAAACUUGAGACUGCUUGAGAAUAGUGCGCUCCUGGGUGAUUUUGAACAUGCUACAAUGAAAUGUGAAACUAUCGUCCUUGGAAACACCAGCUAGAGGUUUUAUGGACUCUGACCAGCUAUUCUCAUAUCAUGACAAAAUUCAGCAAACAGUGUUGAGUAAAAUUACUAGAAGGCAAUAAGACUUUGGUUAUUAUGCUUAUCGGUCAUUUCUCUUUUUCUUUUUCUCUCUUCUUUUGUUGCAAGUUAAAUUCCCAAUUUCAGGAACAAUUUAUUGAAAUCAGGUAUUUAGCCAUUCAUAAUCACUUCAAUAGAAAUGUUUGUUGGAUAAGCAUCUAGCAAUAUGACUGAAUUUGACAUUAAGAAAAUAAUCUGCAUGUAUGUUACUGAAUAUUUGAGUUGGCAAAAAUCCCUUUCUUAGAUACAUUGUAAAAAGCAUGCUUUCACAAUUAUUGCUGUUACUGUUCCAUUUCUGUGUCAUAUGCUUGCUACUUGUAACUUUUUAUAUAAAGAUACAUAAAACAAUGUAUAAUAA